GGGCAGGGUCCAUGAAGAGGUGCAUUCUUCCCAUCUGGAGCCACUGCUGUGUAUGAGACCCCGAGGACACCAUCCUCGCCGCACAGGUCCAUCUGGACCGGGCAUGGAACGUGGUGGAAAGCCCUGGCAGCCGCAUGAAUCAUCGAGAGGCGUCCUUCCGCCUUCUGUUUUGAGAAGGGCCAGCCCAAUUAAAUAUUUCUCUCCGGUGAUCCACCAGUCCGCCCUCUUCGCACCCGAUCAACUUACCACUCUGCAUACGGCUUCUACACGGCUUCUUUUGCAUCUCAACUCUGUUUCAUUCUACCCCAAACCAGAACCCACCCGCAAUAAUCUCGAAUCAUCAUGGACGCCAACAUGAACGGUCUCCUGAAAUGGAGCAUCCAAAACUCCACCAACCCCUCCGAUCCCAAUGCGCCCACCAACGGCGCAACGGACCCCUCUCGUGGUCUCACCCCCGAGAUGAUCUCGACUCUCCUUGGUGGCCCCUCCGAUGCCGAUCUGAUGAAAGCCGCCAUGGAAGCUCUGCACUCGGACGAGGUCGACCUGGAAAACAAGAUGAUCGCCUUCGACAAUUUCGAGCAGCUGCUCGAGGGAAUCGACAAUGCCAACAACAUGGAGCCGCUGGGCUUGUGGACGCCGCUGGUCGAAUUGCUCCGACACGACGAGGCCGAUAUGAGACGCAUGGCGGCCUGGUGCGUAGGAACGGCCGUGCAGAACAACGAAAAGGCUCAGGAUAAGCUCCUCGUUUUAAACGCCAUGCCCACCCUCAUCUCCAUUGCUACCUCGGAUUCCAACCCCGCCACCCGCAAGAAGGCCGUCUACGCCAUUUCCUCCGCCGUUCGCAACUACCAGCCCGCCAUGGAUGAUGCCGUGAAGCAUCUUCCCGAAGGAUAUUCCCGGGAGAAGGUUGACGCCGGAGAUAUGGAGGCUGUGGAUGCGAUCAUGGACAAACUGCGAGCCCACCCGGUCCAAACGUCGGCGUAAAUGGUCAUCUUGAAUAUAUAGGGUUCGUUGACUUUCGAUGCCUCGGCGUGGUGCCAUAGACCACCCAGAACAAUCCCGUCCGGGGUGGGAGCACAAGUCCGUCGAAGGAUACAGGCAGAUCCGUCCGUUUACUGCCAACCACAAAGCAGCCACAUCUGGCCCGGUGAUGGUUUGGGGAGGGGUUGACCUGAGACGGCCGGUAGUGACGCUGUGAAUUCCGGUAUGCC